AUGAAGAUUUUUAUUCUACUUGUCCUAACAAUCACCAUUGUAAGUGGUGUAGUGCAUGAUAAAUCGACCGAAGAACGUAAGGGAUCGUAUGAGGAAAAGUAUUCUCAGCAUCAAUCGUACGAAGCUUACGACUACGGCCACCAGCAGGGUGAUGGAAACUAUAUCGACUACGAGGAUCAAAAUGUACAUCAGAUCGAAAAGGUUCCAGUUCCGUAUCAAAUCGAAGUACCGAAACAUGUCCCCGUGGAGGUGAAGGUCCCAUACCCAGUUGAAGUUGAGAAGAAGGUCCCGGUUGUCGUCGAAAAGAAGGUCCCGGUGUACGUCGAGAAGAAGGUUCCAGUCCAUGUGGAUCGUCCAUACCCGGUUGAAGUGAAGGUUCCUGUUGAAGUCCCAGUUUACCAGAAGGAAUACGUCGAGGUCCCUAAGCCUUACACCGUACACGUGGAUAAACCGUAUCCAGUAUACGUGAAGCAACCCAUCUACAUAGAAAAACCGGUACCGUUCACGGUUCUGGUAAAGAAGGAACACAAGAAAAAGCCAUUCUGGUGGUUAUUCUAA